UACCACCUUUGUCUCCAGAUGUUUCAAGGCCUCAUUAAAAAUGUCUGGACCCCCAUGAAGCCCUACUACACCCAAGUUUACCAGGAGAUCUGGGUGGGAAUGGGGCUGAUGAGCUUCAUCAUCUAUAAAAUCAGGAGUGCCGAUAAAAGGAGUAAAGCUGUGAAAGGUCCCGCACCUGCCCACGGCCACCACUGACCAGCCCGCAGCAGCGCCAGGCAGAGGGAGCCUCCGCGCCUGCAGAAACACAGACAUGGCUGUGCCCAUCCAGCCCGCCUCCUCCAUGGUGUGAAUAAAUGUCCCUGUGAGACUGGC